AUGGCUUCGACAGACGACAAGCGCAUAUCCGGCGACAAGGAGCGCGAGCUCGAGAGCGGCGCCGCAGAGGCAGCAGCCCUCCCGCAACCAAAGCCUGAGCCCAAGAACGAUAUCCACCCGGCAUUCUACAUUGCGCUAUGGAUCUCGCUCAGUGCCAGCGUCAUCCUGUUCAACAAAUGGGUCCUGCACACAGCAAAGUUUGACUUUCCUUUGUUCCUCACAACAUGGCACAUGGUCUUCGCCACGGCCGUGACCCAAGGUCUGGCCAAAUUCACCACAGUACUCGACUCCCGGCAUAAGGUGCCAAUGGACACACAAACAUACAUCCGCGCCAUCCUGCCAAUCGGUCUCUUCUUCAGCUUCAGUCUGAUCUGCGGAAACGUUGCCUACCUGUACCUCAGUGUGUCCUUCAUCCAGAUGCUCAAGGCGCUCAACGCUGUGGUAACACUUCUGGCCACCUUCGCAUUCGCCAUCGCUCCAUUCGACUCAAAGAAGCUCGCCAAUGUGUCGGCAAUCGUCGUCGGUGUGGUCAUUGCUUCCUAUGGCGAGAUCCAGUUCGUCAUGAUCGGGUUCCUGAUCCAGCUGGCUGGAAUCGUUUUCGAGGCAGUUCGCCUGGUUAUGGUGCAGCGCAUCCUGAGCGCGCCAGAGUUCAAGAUGGGCCCACUUGUGUCUCUCUAUUUCUACGCACCAGCUUGCGCUGCCAUCAACGGCGCAUUCACUCUCUUCGUUGAGCUCCCGAAGAUGGGCAUGAGCGACAUCUACAGCGUUGGUAUCAUCACCUUGAUCGCCAACGCAGCAGUCGCUUUCGCUCUCAACGUCUCUGUCGUCUUCUUGAUCGGCAAAACAUCCGCCGUCGUUCUUACACUCUCUGGUGUACUCAAGGAUAUUAUGCUUGUCGUAGCAUCAAUGGUCAUUUUCGGCGACCCAGUGGCUCCUCUCCAAUUUUUCGGAUACUCCAUUGCUCUUGCUGGCCUGGUCUAUUACAAGCUUGGUGCCGAUGGAGUCAAGAACCUGGGCCGCGAUGCUCAACUCAUGCUCGGCAAUGUGCAGCAAAGCCACCCUGCACGUGCCAAGGCCAUGAUCUUCGGAGCUGUGCUCCUCGUUGUCAUGGGCGCUCUUUACUUCUUGUGGCCAUCAAGCUCCAUGAACUUGGACUAUGGCUCAAAGGCUCCAUCCAGCUAG